AACAUGAUGCUUCCCUGCUGUGGGGCUCAUCAUACCGGAGUUGAAAUAAUGGGAAGAGAAUAUUCCUUUGCAAAAGGCGAAGGAGUCUACGACUGUCGGCCACGGGACGCACCAGAUGCACGGUUCAAGAUGUCUCUUGAUAUGGGGCGGACGUCGUUGAGCAUGCGGCAGAUAGAAGCUGCCCUCGACAAGCUCCGGGACGAAUAUCGUGGCGAAUCUUAUCACAUAGUGAAGAAAAAUUGCAACCAUUUCUCAGAUGCUCUUUGCAGAGCGAUUAUCGGCCGACCACUGCCGCCCUGGGUGAACCGUUUAGCUUGGUGGGGCUCUUGGUGUGCCUGUUGCAUCUCUGACUAUGAUGAUGAGGCUACUCACAAUGCUGGGGCCGGCUCCUCGGGCCAACCACUCCUGCCAGUCAGGCCUCCCAUGCAACAGCUCUUUACGGGUCAAGGGCAUGCCUUGGGUGGUACCCAAGAGAGUACCUUGGGUCGGCUCAUGAGCUUCUUCCCUCGCCGAACGGGCUCCUCUGAAGGUCAACUUACUACUGAUGGGUCCGGUAGCUCGAGAGAGCUCCGACUGCAAGCCAUUGAGAUGAGGCAUACGAGUGGGCAGGAGGGCGGCAUCAGGGGUGCGGAAUGACUUCAUGUUUUAUAUAUUUGAAGCAGUAGUUCAUCUACGGUACUUUUUGUCAAG